AUGCCGAUGCCUCUGCUGUCCAGCGACCUGGCCUCAUCUCCUGAGGAUGAAUGUGAGUUCAAGGGCUUUGACUUGAACGAAAUCAUCAUCGGGCUAAUCCAAAAGUUGAUACCGAUACGCCUGAGUGGACUGUCUCAAAAGCUACCCACAUAAAAGGCCAUGUGACUUCAAUUCUCAAGAUUAGGCUUCUCAAAUAUGAAAAUCUCAAAGAUUUCUUCCCAGGACACUAUACUUUAAGCUAACAGUUUCAAAAACCUAAUAAAAUGGACAAAUUUCGACUUUCAGGUCUCUCUACCUUGAAUAGGAAAGAAAAGUCUUGCCCAAGUUUUUCAAGAUUCUGAAUCGCAGUGAUGAGCUUAUUCUCAAGCAAAAAAGGGCCUUAGAAAUUAAGCUCGACUUUUCUGUCCCAUAUUUUUUCUUAUUAGUGAGUCAUGCAAGGAGUCCUAUGCUUUUUCAUUUUCCUGAGAUCUCCGACGAUUUUUCAGAUUUUAAACUGAACGCUCAAAAAUCAACCUUCUAGAAACUUUUGACUUCUCUCUCCCUUUAACUAGAAAAGUUGAGUUUGGCAAGUUUUCUCGGCGACGAUUCUGAGGAGUCAUAAAGUCAAACGAUAGUCACAGGCCAAAUUUUUCUCACUGAAAAAAGUUUUCUCAAGAAAAAAAAGGAGUAUAAAAGUAAGUCACCAACUGGCCGCGUUUUUGUCGUAUGUGCGGUUGUUUCUAGUUUUCCUGACAAGUUUCAUAUCUUUUCUCAAUCUUUGAAAAUUUAAAUGCUUUUUCAUAAAAUCCAAAGAAGACUUCUUUCAGGUUGAAGAUAAUUGAAAAGCAGAAAAGCAGAAAAGAUGAAAAAUUAUGAAUUUUUGUAACGCUGGAAAACGGUAAGCGAUGGUGUGUUCUCGCUUUUACUAGGAGCAUCCGCGAUUUAUUUCGGAGAGUGUUUCGCCCGACCUGAAACUACUUGCGCUCAGUAGUACUCCGCAGAUAAAACCGGCGCCGUUAAAGAGUAUCAGCUGAACCAGGAAUCUCUUGUUUUGAGCCACUCACUGCACUAUUGGGGCUUUUCGAAACUGAGAAAAUUUUCCCUAACUUCUUUGUCAAAUCUGGGCUCUAUUCGGUAUUUUUCGUUUGUUCGGAAAAUUUCUGAAACUCAUACAAAAGAACCCAAAAACAUCGAUGUUUUCCGCGCGUCUUUUCUUUCAACAUUUCCACCAAGGAUAAACAAAUUGUUUGUCGAUGGACAAUUUUUUCUUUUGGAAACAGAUGUGAACAACCAUCGAAAGGGAUCCUUUCCUUCAUGAGUAGUCAAAUAACAGCUUUUUGUUCUCAACAGGAAUUUUUUAAUGGAAAGCCUCCUGAGUCAUGAUCUCAUUUCCUACAUCUGACAGUUUCAACUUGUUUUGAUUGAAUACAUUAUGACUACUGGAGCGAGUAAAGAGAAAAAAAUCAGAAAGUGCAUUUUAUCUUGUUCACUUCCUUAGACAGUACAAAAAGAAAUUCUUCGGUCAUGUUUUGUUGAAGAUUCUACGUCGAAAAAGUCUGCUAAAAUAAGUAAAAAGUAAAUUUUUGAAAUUUGAAAAGGUAAUUACUUUUCCAGAAAAGAAGUUUCAUUGAAUCCAACGGGAAGCCUUUUGCACUUCUCUAGUUGAAAAAAAAUCUUUGGAACUGCUGGAAUUCCUCUUAUCGUCCCUCUCAUAAGGUUAAAAGUGGGGCAAAAGCUGAAAAAGCACACAUGGCAUGGCCAACGCUCACCAGCCGCACAUCAAAGAGGCGGCGCUGACGGGGGUCCAACUGGCAUCUAUCCACUCUAUAAGCGUCCCAAGCUUCUCGUCCGCUAACUCGCUCACACUCCCAAACUCGACUCAAACAACUUAUAUGUUGUUGGGGCCCAAAACUUGGCGCUUUGAGCCUCAUCCGCUCCUAAUCUAAUCGCCGGCUCCUCUCUGAAGAAACAUUGUUGCUCUUGCUCCAGCUCCUGCUCGGAAAUAAGUGGCAGCACUUCGGUGUUGGCGACGCAAAAACAACCCAGCAAACAAUCCUUUUUUUCCUCCUGGAGUCAAUUAAUUGAGCCAUGAGGAAAACUACUGUCGCCUUGUCACCUUCUGUAGCUAAUUUGUUGGCAGCUCAACGGAUGCUCGACAUCGAAGAGCCGCUCGUCAAGGCCAAGAAGUACCCGUUCUUCAAGGCCCCGCGUCUUGGCGGCUCCAGACGAUGCCGCAAUCGACUCGUCCAGAAACAGGUGUGUUAUUCAAGAAUCGGGAUCUCAUCAGAAAGUAUUUUGGAGAGCUUUGUAAAAAUUCGGAUGAUACCUUUUUCGAUACCUAUUUUCAAAAGCAUUCAAGCUAUGAAACAGAGAAAUUAGCCCAAAAUGGUGUCACUCCUUUAUAGUUGCUUGUGAAUGCGUUACAAUUUGAAUAACUUAAAAAUCCGCCUUUCAAUGAGUAGAACUUAUUGCGCUGUAUCUGCCAUUCUUUUUUUUACAAACCCUCUUGUAAUUUAAAUUCUGCUUUCGCCUGCAAGUAAAUGAAUUACUAACUCAAAAUUCAUUUUAUCGAGUACAAAAAAUGGAAGUGCAGAACGGGCAGGUGGAAUUUUCUCAUUGGAUGGCGUGAUUUCAAUCCAAUAUUUGUCAUUUUAACUUGAAAUUUACUUGUCUAGGGCCCUGAAAAUCGAAAAAGUUCCUUUUUGAAGACGACGAAAUUCAAAAAUGAGGCGGUGAAAAUCCAAUGAAGACCCGUGAAUGUUUCUAACCUUUUCAAAGUGUACAAGCUCAUUCACCUUCGUGUUUCAAGAAAAUUUCAUUAGGUCGGAAAAAAAGAAAACGAAUUUCAUCAAUGUUAAGUUGCUCGUUGAAAUUUCCAGGAAGUUAAUGUCAACUAAACUCACGCAAGGGUACCCGAAAAGUUGAGAUUGUUGGUCUAAUGCAUCCAGAUGCAUGCACCAAAAUUAGGUGCAAUUUGUCAUGUGUAGGGACAUAUACGUCGCCAGGUUCUCUGUUUCGGAGACUUUAUCUGAGCAAUUUUUCUUAUGAUUUGUUUUGUUUACGCGUUUCUUGGGUAAUCUUGAAAGAUCAAAGAAAAACCAAAAAAAAAAAGUCUUUCAAGGUUUUUCAAGGCGUUUGAGAGGCUGAACUUUUAGAUUAUGUUUUCAAAACGGCAUUCUUUUCGAGAAUCGUAAAAUUCAAUCAAAACUCAAACUUUUCAUCGAAAGUUGGUAUCCUUCUUAAGAAUCCAGUAACUGUCAAUUUAGCUUCACAAGGCUUGAAAUUAUUCAAAAAAUGAGAAAAUUUUAUUUCAGGGACUCUGCAACAUUAGCCUGAAAAAUGUCCCCAAGCAACGUCGCAAAUACUUCAGGUAUAUUAAAAAAAAAAUUUUCAGAGCCUGUAAUAUCAUGAAAGCGUGCGUGAAAUGGCUCAACGUGAAGCGGUUGCACUGCGUUUUAGCCCGAAGUUAAAAAAUUUCUCUCAAGCUUCGAAAUGCCUUGAGGCGUAAACAGUACUUGGUCGGACGCUUCAAAAAGUCGGUUCAAAGAGAACACAAUACUUUUGUGAUAUCUUAGAACACAAACUAUCAAAAAAUCCGUAUUUGAACAUUUCUUGAAUGAAAUUCUGAAAAAGAGCAAUUUGAGGUCAUCAUUUUUGAAGUUGACUGAUAUUGGAGUCGUUUUCCAAAAGGAAAUUGCGCAUUUUAGUUUAUGCACUCCCUGAAAUACUCAGGUUGAGCUUCUAAGUUCUGAGAAAAGUUUAAGUGAACAAAAAUCAGAAUUCCUCCUCGACAAAAAAUCAAAAAGGUCCAUUUAAAAAAAUAAUAAAACCUUUCAAAAACAGGUUUCCGGGGGCAAUUCAUCAAAUUUUGAAUAACCGUCUUCAAGGUGCUAGUUUUCGGGCAAGGAAAAAUCGCACUCGUUGGACUAUUGUAACGACGGGGUCGUUUAUUUUUAUGUUUUAUGAGAUUCCCUGAGACUCUGAUUUUUCGGACUCCUUCCUGCAAAAGGUGCAGAAACUUCAAGGUUUCUGAAAAAAAAUGAAGAGAAAAAAGACGUGUGACGAAGGGAUUGAACAUGUCACAUGUGGUCGAAAGAGUAUGGCGUCUAGAUUUUGGUCAACGUUUUGAAAUUUAGAGCAUGAAAAACGGAGUUGUGUACUCUACCUUUUUUUCAUUUGAAUGAUUCAAUAUUUCUUAUAACUUUCAACAAGAUUUCCAAGUUUCUAGUUUUUACGCUUUUUUGUUCCAGACCAAAAAUAACAUCAUUAGACUCUAAAAAAUAAAUUCACACAAAGACUGAACUGUAUUUUAGUUCGAGUUGUUUAAGUUUGAGCUUCUUUUUCAAUCAAAACGGUUUUUUAUUCAGAGUUUGUUUCAUUUUUUUUUCUUUUUCAUCAAUAGGAUUUUCAAAAAACACAUAUCAAAGCCUAGCAAAAAUAAAAAUAUAGUUUUUGUUAUGCCAUAUGUGAGGUAAAAAGCUGUUUUUUUUGCGAUUGAUCCUCUCGGCAUUGGUUGUGCAUUCGAGGGAAAAAAGGAACGAAAAAUGCAUCUGGUACUUCUCAAAGAAAUCUUUCAUUUUCUUGUUGUGUUUGAGUCUGGCAUUUGUUCAUCCUGCUUUUGUCUUGUUCACUCCCACUUCCGUGUGGCAAAACGAGAAGGAAAAAAAUCUCAGGAAAUAUUUUUUCUUCAGGAGUUAUACACUACUUUUUUGAGUCAAAAAAAUUCCAAAAAAUGAAAAAAAAAGCAGGAAAAAGAAAAAUGAACUUUUGGUUAAGUUGGGAAAGCUUCACCUCCGAAGUUUUUCAAUUUUUUUAGCCAAGGCUGUAUAGUUAUAGUCAGAAGCCCAGUUGAGUACGGAGAGAUUUUUAGAAUAUCAAACUGGAUCUUUCAUUCAUAACUGAGCUAAUAUUUGAAUACCUAAAAAGAAGUAAAAUUACUUUUUCGUGUAAGUUUUUUUGCAAAUCCAGCAGGCGUCGAUGAUUGAACUAUUAUUGAUAAAUGAAUUGAAACUUCUGAAUCAGUUAACUUUAAUUUGAUUUAAAAAAACCUUGUAAAAUUGACGUUUUAAGAUCUUAUGCAAAUCCUAAAAAAAUAUUUUUUAAAAAAAGGUCGCCCUCUUUUCUCAUAAAGUUAUUGUGAAUGAACUUAGAGACUUGCAUUUUUCAAAACCCAUGCUUUUCGCUUGAGAAAACUCCGAUUGUUGAUUGUUUAUUUAAAAUGGCUUCAACCAAUAUUUUCAGGGCGCCGCAUGACGAUUAAAAACAAUAUAUGAGAAGCUUGAUUCAUAUUUCAAGCUGGGAAUUCCCUACUAAUGCAUCUUAUUACUAAAGGCAUUGGGGUCUUGAAAAAAAGCGCUAAUAGUCAGUGGCCCUUAUAUCCGCUUUUAUUCGUUUUUUUGGAUGAAGACGAAUUUUUUUAGGAGACCCUUCAGAUGAGUUUUUUUUUGCUUUAGAUAGAAUGACGAUGUUCCACCGCGAAAUUGAAUGAACCGGAAAAUAUUGUGUAGUUUCUAAGAACCUUCCGAUAGAGUGACAAGAAAUAAAGCGAAAACUACAUUCGCGUUUCAAAUAUUGAAAAAAAUCUGAAAAAGGGAGAAGUUCAAUUAGGAAAACGUCAGAAUUCAGUAAAAUCAGAAAAUAUAGAUUUUCGACCGUUUGUUGAAAGUUAGUGAAAUAAGAGACGCAGGAAAAAUUCCAUCGAUCAUAAAAAAAAUUGAAGGAAGUUAGGUUUUGAAACGGCAAUGUUUGAUAAAGCGUGAUGAUAAAACCUUGGAAUUUAAGAAUAAUUUGAGUCCGAAAACCAAGAAAAGUAUCAAAUCUCGGAGAUGAGAUUUUUUUCUAGAAUUCGGCAGAAGUGGAUGGAUUAUGAAACAUACCACCAUAUUUCACCCUAAAGAUUUACUUUCUCAAUUUAUCUUUUUUUCAACCUUGAAAAAAAUUAGAUAAAAAAACAAAACAAAUAAAAAGUAAGGAUAUUACUAAAAUCUGCGCAAAACGGAGACGCCGGAUGUCUCAAGACUUCAAUUUUCUUCGAAGAAACUUAGAAAUCCAUGAAAAAAUAUUACAGCGACAUCUUCACGACGGUGAUCGAGAUGAAAUGGCGCUGGUGCCUGCUCUACUUCUCGCUCUCGUUCUUGAUUUCCUGGAGUUUCUUCGCUACCUUGUACUGGUCGAUCGCCACGCAACACGGCGACCUCCAGCAAGUGACGAACGCGACUUGGACGCCGUGUAUCGUCAACGUCCAUUCCCGACUCAGCGCCUUCCUUUUCUCUUUCACCACUCAAACCACCAUCGGUUCGUGAUUUAUUUCUAUUUUUUUUUCCAAAAAAUAUGUUCUUUUCCAAGUUUAUCUUUUUGUGAGCUGUCAGGUUGCGAUUUUAAACUUAGCAAAAAAAAAAUCUGUCAUUUUUGGAAAAUUUGCAUUUUGCUUUUUUCCAAAGCUUUUUAUUUGAAUUUUUACGCGAUGAAGUCACUGAAAAAAAUAGAAUUACUGAGCAAAAUUUUAAGUAAAGAUAACUUGAAACAGAGGAUUCAUUCAUUUAAAAGCCGCAUUGACAGUGUGGCCAAAAAAACUGUAAAGUUAGAACAGCCAUAAUUUUUUUAGGAUUAUUCGAUUAGGAAAAACGUUGAGUUUAUCUGCAAGAUCAUUCCCGGCAGUCUUUUUGAGUGUUCCACGGAAAAAAGCCAUUCCGAGUGCCACCGGAAAAUGAUUUUUUCACCUUCAUGUGUGAAAAAAAACAUGUAAUUUGAGAUUAUAUAGUCCAGAUGUUUUUUUGAAGCCUUCCAUAAAGUUUCUUCCAUGAACAUGUAGCCAUUCCCAUUGCGGCACAAAACUGUAUUUUGAAAUCGAAGGCUGUCUUCGGAAAUUAAUGUACAUUUUUUCAGGCUACGGGUUCCGGUGAGUGCAUUUUCGUUGUUUCUCCUUUCAUCAAUGAAACAGGAAAGUCAUUCAUUCAAAAAAUAUCCACUUUAUUCAUUUCAUAGAUUUUUCUUCUCAAGUUAGUUAGUUUGAUUGAAACCGCGUUUUAUCGGAUAGACCACGUUAUGUCAUGUCUCGGGACCUCUGUUUUUCAGUGAUAAAAGAUGGAAAGUUGCAUGAUUGAUAAGAAGUGAGCACCGUUCUAAAUUUAUAAGCGUUAUCGCGGGGACAAAGAGCAAGAGAAUCAAUUUGUGUAGUUUAGGGAUUACAAUUUCAUUCGUUAUUUGACAGAUAUCCAACGGAUUCAUGUCCCAUCGCAGUUCUCGUCAUGUGCGUGCAGUUCAUGUGGGGAGUUAUGACACAGGUAUGACCCAAUAAAUCGAAAAAAAAGUGAUAAUUGUUACGAUUUUCGAAAUUUUUAUCACUUUGGAAGAACAAAGAGGAGUUUAUCUUAUUCAUAUGAUGAUUAUUUUUGAGCAGAUUAGGUGUUUGAACAAGUAAAAGUUUUGGUAGAAGUCCUUUUUGGUUUUUUUCGUGAGAUAAAAAAGAGCACAGAGAGAUAGAUUUUUUUUAAAUCAACAGAAAACUCUGCAAAAAGACCGAACCAUUUUUCAAGUUUCGGAAUAUAAAAAAAAUCGUCGCUCAUGUUUUUGAAGCAUCAAAAUGUUUGAAAAAAGCUUCUAAAACAUUUCUAUGUUUUUAGGAAACUUAAAAAUUGCCAACUCAACAAAAUCGAGUAAUAUUUCAGACACUUAUGGCGGGUAUUAUAUUUUCCAAGCUCGCACGGCCGAUUAAACGAGCCGCGACGCUGAUAUUCUCGAAAAACGCGGUGAGCUCGUUUAUCAGUUGUGAAAAGACUCGGACAAACAAAUUCUCCAACCGGAAAGCCUCUUAACUGGGUCAUUGAGUUGUUGAGUUGUAGAUCGAGAUAAAAAUGAGGAACUUUAUUGAUUUCUCACUCUUAUAAAUACACCAGGAAGAUGUUCGGGGUUCAGGUAAUUUGUAUGCGGGACGGCAAACUGUGUCUACUUUUCCGGGUCGGCGAUAUGAGGAAGAGCAGCUUGGCUGAGGCUCACGUACGCUUACAGGUGAGACAGAUUAAUCCUCUUGAGAUUUAUUUUCCAUUUCAAUGGCAAGAUGAGUCGAGAUCCGUGGAUUAUGGGUUGAUAGGACAAUGA